AAAAAAAUCCCGCGCACCAAUAUUUCUUUUGACCCUGCUCCAAAACAAAUUCACGCUUUGCUAACCCUUCUUUAAUUUUUCCCAAAACAUAAAACCUCCUCCGGAGAGCCCUAGAAACAGUUCAUCGUAACAGAGCCGCACCCCAAAACUUUGCCGCAACAGUAGAUCUUGUUGAGUCGCCCUGCAAUACCAUCUUCUUGCGGUGCCGUGCUGUAGCCAUCUUCUCUCCGUACAGUAGCCAUCUUUCUCUCCGUGCAGUAGCCAUCUUCCUCGCCCAAGGUUGUCGACCAAUCCCAUCCCCUGGCUGUCCUGUGUCCGAAGCCGCAGGUGAAGACUGAAGAAGUGGGAGGUGAAGAAAGAGACAGAGAGUUCGCCACUUCGCCCAAACUUCCCUCCGGACAGAAAUCGCUCACUCGCUGGUGAGCCGCAGGUUGUUGCAUGAUUCCCAUCAACCUGUAUAUGAAGGAUGCAAGUCCGCAAAGUUGUCAAUUUUGGUAAGGUUGCUUCACAUAAGAGUAUUGGGAAAUGGAGUAAUGAGUCCUUUACAAUGCUGUUAAAACUCCUUAAUGAGGAUCUACUUCCUAAGGCAUCUAAUUUACCGAAUUCUUAUUAUGAGGCAAAGAAGACAAUUAAAGAUCUUGGUCUUUCUUACCAAAAGAUAGAUGCUUGUGGAAAUGAUUGCAUGUUAUAUUGGAAGGAUGAUGAAGAGGCUGAAUUUUGUAAAGUAUGUGGUGACUCGAGAUGGGAGAAUGAUAAGCGUAGCGGUGAGUGCAAGUAUAAAGCAAAUGGUAAGAAAAUACCAAAAAAGACAUCACGAUAUUUUCCAUUAACACCUCGACUCCAGAGAUUGUUCAUGUCUAAAAAGACAUCAUCUUUGAUGAGAUGGCAUCACAAUAGAAGAAAAGUUGAUGAUGGUGCAACUAUGACUCAUCCGGCUGACUCAAGAGCAUGGAAGCAUUUUAAUGAGUUGCAUAAAUCAUUUUAUGCAAACCCGUGCAAUGUCAGACUUGGUCUUGCCACUGAUGGGUUUCAACCAUUUGCUAAUUCAAAGAAUUCUUAUAGUAUUUGGCCGGUAAUUCUUGUUCCGUAUAAUCUGCCUCCGUGGAUGUGCAUUGAUCAAUCAAAUUUAAUUUUAUCAACGCUAAUUCUUGGUCCCGAAAGUCCAGGGGAUGCAAUUGAUGUUUAUCUCCAACCAUUGAUAGAAGAGCUUAAAGUCUUAUGGGGAACCGGAGCUGAAACAUAUGACGCUUCUAGAAAAAUAAACUUCCAAUUGCAUGCUGCCUUAUUGUGGACAAUAAAUGAUUUUUCCGCAUAUGCCAAUUUAUCUGGAUGGAGCACCAAAGGAAGAUUAACUUGCCCUUCUUGCAAUAAAGACACUUCAUGGACUAGAUUACCUAAUUGGUCCAAGCAAUGCUACAUGGGACAUCUUCGUUGGCUUCCUAGAGAUCAUAAAUGGCGAAACAAUAAGAAGUCAUUUGAUGGCACGAAAGAGCUAAGAGUGCAACCAAAACCUAUUUCAGGUAGUGACAUACAUGAGUAGGUGAAAGACCUUGAUGGAAUGGUCUUGACAAAGGAUGGAAGUAGAAAGGUGAAAAUAUCCCACAAGAGUAGAGGAGAUAAUUGGAAUAAGAAAAGCAUAUUUUUUGAACUUCCAUAUUGGGAAACUUUGCUGUUACGACAUAAUUGAGAUGUUAUGCACAUUGAAAAGAACAUUUGUGAUAAUAUUUUGGGUACUCUCAUGAAUAUGAAAGGGAAGACAAAAGAUAAUCUUCAAACUCGGCUUGAUUUGCAAGCAAUGAACAUAAGACCAGAACCGCACCCGACCAAGGAAGGUGAUACAUAUACAUAUCGAGUGGCAUCUUAUGUACUGUCAGAUGAAGAGAAGCAUAAAUUCUGCCUUUUCUUGAAGCAACUAAAAGUUCCAGACGGGUAUUCAUCUAAUAUCUCGCAUAGUGUCAACCUCAAAGAUCACAAGAUUUCGGGCUUAAAGAGUCAUGAUUGUCAUGUCAUAUUACAAAACUUGCUUCCUCUCGCAAUUCGUGGUCUACUACCUAAAGCUGUUUAUGAACCACUUUUUGAGCUUUCCCUGUUUUUCAAUACUCUAUGUGCUAAAGUGUUGAAGGUUGAUGAUCUGGAAAAAAUUCAAGCUCAAAUUCCUAUAACCUUAUGCAAGCUGGAGAAGAUAUUCCCACCUUCUUUUUUUGAUAUCAUGGUGCAUUUGCCCAUUCAUUUAGCUCUUGAGGCACUUAAUGGCGGACCGGUUCAGUACAGGUGGAUGUAUUUUGUAGAAAGAACAAUGUUUGUGUUGAAGUCCCUGAUUCGUAAUUCUACUCGUCCAGAAGGUUCAAUCGCAGAAGGCUAUAUAGCUACUGAGUGCAUGACCUUUUGCUCACGAUAUUUAAAAGGCAUGAAAACCAAGUUCAAUCGUUCUGAGCGCAAUUUCGAUGGUGGUAUGAAUGAGUUUAAUGGUGGCUUGAAAAUAUUUAAUCAUCCCGGGAGAACAUUAGGGGCGGGCAGACAAUGUCAUUUGGACCCGAAUGAGCUUGAGCAAGCCCAUCUCUAUGUUCUAAAAAACUGUGAUGCAGUCCAAUCCUUUCUUGAAGAAUAUUCACAAACUGAAGCAAUUUCCUCACAAACUCUAUCGGAUAAAGAAUGGGAUAGUCAGUUCAUUGAAUGGUUUAAGACCAGAGUGUCUCAAAUGCAUAAAAGUGAUCAAAGCGAAGAAAUCAAAGACUUGAUUGCACUAUCUCGUGGUCCUACCCCAUACGUGACAAGUUAUAAAGGUUACAUUUGCAACGGAUACAGAUUUCAUAUAGAGGAACAUGAUAAAGGUUUAAGGACUCAGAAUAGUGGUGUGAUCGUUGUAGGAGAAAAUGGUAUUGAUGUUGAGAGCAUUGAUUACUAUGGGGUGCUCGUUGAGGUUCUUGAAUUGCAAUAUCUUAGAGGAAAACGGGUAGUUUUAUUUCGUUGUAAAUGGUGGGAUGUAUAUGAUAGACAAAGAGGAGUUAAAAUAGAUGAAUAUGGGAUUGUUAGUGUUAAUUUUCAUCGUAUUCUAAAAACGAAUGAGCCCUUUGUCUUGGCCAGCCAAGUUUCCCAGGUUUUCUAUGCCAUUGAUAAUAAUAACAAGGGUUGGCAUGUUGCGAGAAAAGUACAACCCCGUGACACAUAUUCAAUGCCAUUGGAAAUGGAAGAUGAUGUUGAAAACCUAGACCAUUUAAAUGCAGCAGUUCAAGAUGCUUUAUCAUCUUCUCCUAAUUUUGUUCCUACAACUAUGUCUAGUACCGAAGGUGAAAUUAGUUUGGUAAGAUGUGAUAUGGAGCAAAUCUCAACGAGUGAAAGUGCACCAAAACAGACAAAAAAACGAAAAAAAGACAUCUUUAGUGCAGGUCAAAAUGAAUUUAAAUAGGCUUGGAAUGGCAAAGUCGACAAAGCCAAUAUUCAUUAAACCGGGCAUUUUGGGUAGGCGGCUUGGACAAGGGCUAAGUCCAAUGCUCUCUAAUAACACUAUGGUGCCUUCAAAGUUUGCUACAAUGCAUGAAAGUGCCAAUUUGGAAUCCGGCAUAGUACUGUUUUUAAUUAUACUACUUUAUAUGACAUUUUGCUUCUUUUAAGUUACUUAAGGUUUCUUUAUUUUUUAAUAUCAUUACUGCAUAUUUGGUGCUUUUAAGAAUGAUUUAAUAACGCUUACAGUUGCUGCUAUUUAGGCAUAAUUUAAAAAUUACUAUUUUUUUACUCAUUUGAUUCUGUACAUAUAAUUGCUGCUUCUAGGUGGAGGACUUGUAACACGUUCCUGGGACUAUACUAUGGAUACGAUGAACCAAAUGAAAAGGAAAAAAACAGAUAGCAUGGACCAAAUGAAAAGGCAAAAAACUGAUAAGGAACAUGCUGAAGAUGGUAGAAAAAGACCGAACAACUUGAAUGACAUGUCUAGAGGCAGCGGACUUGGAACGCCUUUGUGUAACUAUACUAUGGGUAUAGAUGCCUCAUUUUAUGAAAAUGAUGAUUGGGAGUGUGAUAGCAUGGACCAGAUGAAAGAGCAAAAGACAAACAAGGAAUGCGCUGAAGAUGAUAGAAAAAGACUGAAUAGUUUGAAUGGCGUGUCCAGUAUUAACGCAUAAUAUUAAUAUAAUAUUAUUGUACAUUUGUUAUAUGUAAUUAUCUCAUACGGUAGUUAGUAUUUGUAUUUAUCUCAUACGUAUGACUAGCUAUAUCCCUUAGUUUGUGAUUAGUUUGUUAUUUGAUCUUAUCACCACCUACUGUAACUCUAUAUAUUCAUGUACGUAGCUAAAGCUGAAUACAACAAUUCAAUAUCUUCCAUUAUACUUCUUCAUGGUA